UGCGACUACUUACCGCACAUGAAACCAGCAACUGUCAACGAGAAGCAGCAACAAAGCAAACAGGUUGCAGGCACGAGUGACUCGAUGCAUGUAUCCACCGUAACGGAAGCAGUUGGUCGGGGAGGUGGCGGUGUAGGGUUUUGGAGUGCUUCUACGUCGGCGGGAUUAGCCUACCUGCAAUAUUCUGCGCUGUUAUCUGACAUGGACCCAACACAAGAAGACGACCAACAGAAUCCCGCUUGUUUGUCGGUGCAAUAUGGCGAGUGCAGAACACGGAGAUGAAUUUUGACUCUGUCUGCUGCACUCAUUGAUCUCUGAGAUCACUUUCGAGCUUCGAAGUCCCAACCAAAAUGUUAUUUACAGCCAGCAUCUACCAUCGUCAAUUCGUCGAACACCUUCAGCUCAUAAAUAAGACGGAAUUUAUGUGUGCCAUUGAUGUUCUCCACGAGGAAACUCCGUCAUGCUUCCGAAAUUUAUGUAGCAGAUUGAGAACUCGGUUCCAAGCAACCAUGAAUUUUUGGGUAUGAUGCCCACUGGUUUAGAGUAACAGAAAAAGCAGACCAUGUUGCGCGCAGCAGCAGAAGGCUCACCACCUCGCUCACCGCAAACCAUCUUAUCCACGUUAAUGGAGUUCAAGAUCGGUUAUCAUCACUGGAGAUGGCUCCAAAUGAUGAUGUUACUCUGGAGGCAACUCAUACGACCUUUGGAAUCCAUGCAGAAUCCAUCGGUCCACCGCUGUCGCCUCCUCCAUCUCGACGAUGACGCCGCAACCUCUCCCGUCAAUGCCGAGUUGCCUGGACUUGUUUAUUCGCAGUAAUUAUGCGAUCAAUGAUGAUGAAUCGAGCAUGGACGUUCUUCUCCCUGUCACUGUAAACCACCCACAAAUGCACUGGAUGAGUCACGGUAACAUCCCCUCAUCAUUGAAGCCCACAACAUAAACCUGGAGAAGAGCGGGAGGAAGCAAUCGAAGAGACAAACAAGCAAGCCAUCAUCUUUUUCUCGCGUGGUUUGAGGAAAAAAGGAGAGGAGAAGCCGAUCAAAGAGCAGUGACUGUAUCAGAUGUCUUCCAUGAUUGGUACAGAGGCCGUCCAUCUCGCUCCCUCUCCGUCCGAGUUCAAACCUUUUCAUGCGAAAGUAUGUGGAAGAGAGAGGCGCCGGUAGCGAGAGGACCAAUGGACCGCGUGUAGUUGUGUAAAGGAGAGGAACGGGGUCCGGUUCGGUCGGUUGCAACGGUUCGCAAUCUGCAGUUUUGAGGUCGUCCCCGCUCCCUUCUUUGGAGUUGAUCGAUCCCUUCUGUAGAGAAGAGAAGACAGAGGAGGAGAUGGCGGCGGAGGUGGAGGAGCAGAUGCUGGUGCCGAUGCACCAGAGGAGGAACAGGUCCGGGGAGGAGGCAGCCACAGUGGCGGAGGAUCCGAGCAUCGACACCGAUAAGCUAAGCUACGAGAUCUUCUCGAUUCUGGAAAGCAAGUUCCUUUUUGGCUACGACGACCCCGAGCUCUGGUCCACAAGGGUUCCUCCUCUAGCCGCCACAGCGCCGGCCGAGGCGUCCUCCUUCAAGAACCAGAGGGGCAAGGUGUGCGUGCUCUGUAUCGACGGCGGUGGUGGCUGCGGGAUGCGCGGCAUCCUCCCCGGGAAGGCCCUUGCCUACCUCGAGCAGGCCAUCAGGACCAAGUCCGGGGACCCCGUCGCACGAAUAUCGGACUACUUUGACGUUGCCGCCGGCACUGGCAUCGGGGGCGUCUUCGCCGCCAUGCUGUUCGCCACCCGCGAUGGUGCUCGCCCCCUCUUCCGUGGCGAGGACACCUGGCGCUUCCUCGCCGACCGCGGCAAGCGCUUGUUCAAAAAGACGCCGCCUUCCUCUUCCUCCUCCCCCGGCUUGUUCGUCCGUUGCCUCUUCCCGGGCGGCGGAGGGUCGACGACGACGGCGGCGAUGGAGAAGGCGAUGAAGGAAGCUUUUGGCGAGAGCCUGACUCUAAAGGACACGGUGAAACCGGUGCUGAUCCCGUGCUACGACCUGAGGAGCUCCGCGCCGCUCGUGUUCUCGCGCGCCGACGCCCUGGAGAGCGAGAGCUUCGACUUCCGGCUGUGGGAGGUCUGCCGGGCGACGUGGGCUGAGCUGGGGCGGUUCGAGCCGGCGGAGAUCACUUCAGUGGACGGGGCCACCGCCUGCGUCGGUGUGGACGGCGGGCUUGCAAUGAGCAACCCGGCGGCAGCGGCCAUCACGCACGUCCUCCACAACAAACAGGAGUUCCCCUUCGUCCGGGGAGUGGAGGACCUCAUGAUGCUCUCGCUCGGCUGUGGAGAAGCAGGCGGCGGGGCCACCCCAGUCGUGGCGGAGACCGAAUACCGCAAGCUCCGGCGUUGGGGCCCCAGGGAGUGGGCCCAGCCCAUCGCGCGGAUCGCCGCCAACGGCGCCGCCGACCUCGUGGACCACGCCGUCGCGCUUGCCUUCGGCCAGUGCCGGAACUCCAACUACCUCCGCGUCCAGGCGGAUAUCUCGAGCAUGGGGCGAUGCAGUGUGGAAGAGGUGGACCACGACGCAAGCCCGGGCAACGUGAAGCUGCUGUUGGAGGCAGCGGAAGCGAUGCUGAGGCAGAAGAACGUGGAGUCGGUGCUGUUUGGUGGGAAGAUGACGAGGGAGCAGAGCAACAUGGAGAAGCUGGAUUGGUUUGCAGGGGAGCUCGUGCUGGAGCACGAGAGGAGGAGUUGCCGAAUAGCUCCCACCGUCGCCUUCAAGCAACCCAUCCCAAAGUCCACAAGCAAGUCGUAGGCCAUGCAGCAGGCAGCGGUCACCUCUUGUGUUCUCUUCUGUUGGGUUCUGUCCUGUUCUUUCACAUUCAAUUACAACUAUAGCAUUGCUCCCCACAGGUCACAACAAAUUCUGUAACACUUGGUAGAUGCUCUCUCUAUGUUUACACUUCAUCAUCAAGCAAUCCUGUUGUUGUGUUAUAGAUAGAUCACUCCAUUUCUAAGAAUGAAAUGGGAAUCUUUUUGGUGGUUAGAUCACAAGAGGAUCUUUGUUUGCUCGCUCUACUUAUCACCCCUCAGUUGUAACUCCUCAUUUGCCACGCAAUGCAUGGGAGGACUGGUGUCACUGUUUCUUAAGACUCUUUCGGCCAUAUUUGCUUCUGUUCUUGGAAUGCCAAUCUCAUCUGAUCUUUCAUCUGCCACAUAGAUGUUGAAUGAACCCAUGUUUAGGUCUUCAAAGGGAAGGAACGACACCUUCCAAGAACUGAAGAGCAGGAGGACACUGCUCUUCCUUUACUAUGGUAGCUACUGUUAGCAACCCCCAUGCUUCAUGCACUACUACUACUACCUUUGCUGAUUUAUUGCAAGUUUUCUCUCGAAAAGUCAACAACAUCUUG